AUGGCGACACCAGACUUUGUACGCUUAUCACCGACUGACGAGUCCAGCGAGCUCAUAAACCAUGCUCCCUCGCAGCUGCGCCACACCCAAUGUGGCGCAGACAACAGCCAUACCACCAUCAUUACUGAUUUGGAGGCGGUGGACGAUGCUGCGCAUGUGCGGUGCCAGCAGCAGGUGCAGCGCGAGUUCGCGGAGCAGCUGGAAGAGCUGUGGGGCGGCGAGCCCACCUACACGCCGACGGUAGAGGACCAGGCGAGCUGGCUCCAGCAGCUGCACUACGGGUGGAUCGGAGACUACAUCUACAAGGCUGCGGCGGGGAGCAUCACCGAGGCGGACCUGCCACCGCCGUCGCGGAGCACACGGACCUACCACACGGGGCGCAAGCUGUCGCGGCAGGCGCAUGCCGACAUCGACGCAAGCCGGCGGUGGGAUGGGUAUGUCGGGUGCGAGGUCAUGUACGAGGCGGAGGCGGAAACCAGCGGCGUGCUGCGGUGGGUUGGGUAUUUGCAGCAGUCGGACUACCCGCGAUCGCUGGUGGCUGGGGUGGAGUGGCGUGUGCCGCCGCGGUACCGGCGGCAGGCCACGCCGGGCAGUGCGGCGGGGCUUCACAACGGCGUCGUGCACGGUGAGCGGCUGUUUCGGCCAUACCAAGACAACUAUCUCUGCUCCUGUGAACCGGUUGACCGGCUUUACCUAAGCUCGACGUGCGGCCUGAUGCGUCCCGGACCGCCGCCGUCGCCCGAUCUCCUGUUGACACUGUUCAAGGCGCACUGGUACCACGUGUGGGUGCAGAUCCUGCCGAAGCUGCUGGCAGACCUUACCGCGCUGAUGCUGCCGGUGUUGUUGGAGUACUUGGUGAAGUAUCUGGACGCUGACAACGCGACGUGGGGCUGGGGUCUGGGACUUGUGCUGACACUCUUCCUCACGAGCGUGAUCCAGAGCUGCGCAGCGCACAAGUACGACCACAUCAGCAUCCGCAGCGCGGCGCUGUUCGAGACGUCGUCGAUGGCGCUGCUGUUCGAGAAGUGCUUCACAGUUUCGCAGCGGUCGCUGCAGCGCCCGGACAUGUCCGUGGGCCGCAUCAUGAACAUGGUCGGGAAUGACGUUGAUAAUAUCGGUAGUCUCAACUGGUACGUGAUGUAUUUUUGGAGUGCUCCACUGCAACUGGCACUGUGCAUGCUGCUGCUGAUAAGGCUGGUCGGGUGGUUUGCGCUGCCCGGCAUGGCCGUCUUGUUGGUGACGCUCCCGUUACAAGGCGCCAUUUCCAAGCAUAUUCAGGAGGUGUCUGAGCGGAUGGCGAGCGUGGUGGAUCUGCGUAUCAAGCGCACGAGCGAGCUGCUCUCCGGUAUCCGAAUCGUGAAAUUCAUGGGGUGGGAGCCUGUCUUCCUCGCCCGAAUCGAAGACGCGCGCAGUCGCGAGCUGCGGUGUCUGCGCGAUGUGCAUCUCGCCAAUGUCAUCUUCAUGUUCGUGAACGACGCGACGCCGACGUUGGUCAUCGCUGUAGUCUUCAUCUUGUACCAUGCGAGUGGGCAGGCGCUGAGGCCGGAGAUUGUGUUUCCGACGAUUGCGCUGCUCAACACGAUGCGCGUGUCAUUUUUUAUGAUCCCGAUCAUCAUCUCCACCGUCCUGCAGUGCCUGGUGUCGACAAAGCGGAUCACCACGUUCAUGGAGUGCCCUGACACGCGCUCACAGGUGCGGGACAUUGCUGGCAUCGCCUCAGCUGGUGCUGCAGCCAUCUUCAAGGAUGUGUCCAUCCACACCUAUCUGCCAGCGAAACUGCCCCGGUGCAAGUCGCGCUUGACGACCAUGCAGCGCAUUACGCUGUGGUUCUGCCGGCGCGGUGUGCCAGAGGCGGAGUGGUACGAGCUGGACGGCCCGGAUGCGGGUGCGUCUUCGCCGACGGGGCACAUUCCAGCGUUCGAAAUGGGCAGCGCACAGGCCGCCAGUGCAGAUGGUGACGGCGCUGGCACCGGCGGCGGGGACGAGGAGGCGAAUGUGGAAGAGGCAGACGCACAGUACUACCAAGUUGUGUCGAAGGAGCUGCUGCGGAACGUCAAUCUCGUUAUCCCCCAAUUCAAGUUGACAAUGGUGAUUGGUGCGACCGGGAGCGGGAAGUCGACGCUGCUGGGUUCGCUGAUGGGCGAGUACGAUGUGCAGAGCGGCGAGGUGUGGGCGGAGCGGAGCAUCGCCUACGUGCCGCAGCAGGCGUGGAUCAUGAACGCGACGGUGCGCAGCAACAUCCUGUUCUUCGACGAGGAGCGCGCCGCAGACUUGCAGGACGUAAUCCGUUGCUGCCAGCUGGAGGCGGACCUUGCGCAGCUUAGCGGGGGGCUGGAGACGGAGAUCGGGGAGAAGGGCGUGAACCUGAGCGGCGGGCAGAAGGCGCGCGUGAGCCUUGCGCGCGCCGUGUACGCGAACCGCGACGUGUACCUGCUGGACGACCCCCUGUCCGCGCUGGACGCGCACGUUGGCCAACGCAUCGUGCAAGACGUCAUCUGCGGACGGCUGCGCGGCAAGACGCGCGUGCUUGCGACGCACCAGAUUCAUCUGCUGCCGCUCGCGGACCACAUUGUGGUGUUGCAGCACGGCCGCAUCGCAUUCGCGGGCGAUUACGCUGACUUUGCGGCGACUUCGCUGGAGGAGACGCUGCGCGGUCAGCUGAGGGAGAACAAGGACGCGGAGUCUUCCGGCAGCGAGGUGGACGCGGAAGCGGCCAGAGCGGAGACGGCGCCCGGCCUUGCGGAAGCGCAUGAGCCGAAAGUUGAGCAGGAGGCGAACGUUGCAGGAGGCGAAGCCCCCUUGACGUUCGAUGUUGAGGCCGGUAGGCUGAUGACCAGGGAGGAGAAGGCAACCGGUCAAGUACCGUGGUCAACUUACGUCGCGUACCUGAGGUCGUGUGGCGGCCUGGCUGCUUGGGGAUUCCUGCUAGCCACCUUUGUGGUGACAGAAACCGUGACUGCGGCCAACGGCGUGUGGCUGUCGAUAUGGUCAACAGGCUCGCUUAGGUGGAGCGCGGACACGUACCUGCACGUCUAUCUUUUUAUUGUUUUUCUCAACAUCUUUUGCUCCCCACUGCGGUGUUUCUUAUGCUACUAUCUUAUGCGAGUGGGCAGCCGCAACUUGCAUCGCGACCUCCUGGAGUCCAUCGGCGUGGCACGGAUGUCCUUCUUCGACACGACGCCCUUGGGACGCGUGCUAAACCGCUUCACAAAGGACAUGGGCAUCCUUGAUAGCACGCUAAACGAUAGCUACCUUUACCUGUUGCAGUACUUCUUCUCUAUGUGCUCCAAAGUUAUUAUUCUGUCGGCCGCGCAGCCGUUUGUGCUUGUGGCCAUUGUGCCAUGCGUGUUCAUCUACUACAAGCUGAUGCAGAUCUACAGCGCGUCGAACCGUGAGACACGCCGCAUCAAGAGCAUCGCGCACUCGCCCGUGUUCACGCUGCUGGAGGAGUCGCUGCAAGGGCAGCGCACCAUCGCGACGUACGGCAAGAUGCACCUCGUACUGCAAGAAGCACUGAGGCGGCUUGACGUGGUCUACAGCGCGCUGUACAUGCAGAACGUCUCCAACCGCUGGCUCGGUGUGCGUCUCGAGUUUGUGAGCUGCGUUAUCACUUUGGUGGUGGCCCUCAUUGGUGUGAUUGGGAAGAUGGAGCGGGCUUCCAGCCAGAACAUCGGUCUCAUCUCGCUGUCACUGACGAUGGCGAUCACGCUGACGGAAACGCUCAACUGGCUGGUGCGGCAGGUUGCGAUGGUGGAGGCAAACAUGAACAGCGUGGAGCGUGUGAUGUACUACACCCGCGAAGUGGAGCACGAGCACGUGCCGGAGAUGAAGGAGUUGGUGGCACAGCUGAUAAGGAGCGAGUCAGGGACAGCGGCGGACGUGACGGGGACGGUUGUGAUCGAGCCUGCGAGCCCGACGUGCGCCGCGCCGCACAUCGUGCAGGCCGGGUCGCUUGUGUUCGAGGGUGUGCAGAUGCGGUACCGCAAGGGGCUGCCGCUUGUGCUGCGCGGCGUGAGCUUCCGGAUCGCGCCGCGCGAGAAGGUCGGCAUUGUUGGGCGGACGGGGAGCGGGAAGUCGACGCUGCUGCUGACGUUCAUGCGGAUGGUGGAGGUGUGCGGCGGGGAGAUCCGCGUGAACGGGCGCGAGAUCGGCUCGUACGGGCUGCGCGAGCUGCGGCGGCAGUUCUCGAUGAUCCCGCAGGACCCUGUGCUGUUCGACGGGACUGUGCGGCAGAACGUGGACCCGUUCCUGGAGGCGUCGUCCGCGGAGGUGUGGGCUGCGCUGGAGCUUGUGGGGCUGCGCGAGCGCGUUGCGUCGGAGAGCGAGGGGAUCGACAGCUGCGUGCUGGAGGGCGGGUCGAACUACAGCGUUGGGCAGCGGCAGCUGAUGUGCAUGGCGCGCGCGCUGCUGAAGAAGGGGAGCGGGUUCAUCCUGAUGGACGAGGCGACGGCGAACAUCGACCCGGCGCUUGACCGGCAGAUCCAGGCGACGGUGAUGAGCGCGUUCUCGGCGUACACGGUGAUCACGAUCGCGCACCGGCUGCACACUGUCGCGCAGUACGACAAGAUCAUCGUGAUGGACCACGGUGCUGUUGCGGAGAUGGGCAGCCCGCGCGAGCUUGUGAUGAACCGCCAGUCCAUAUUCCACAGCAUGGUGGAGGCACUGGGCCGCCGUGUUGCCAAAGACUUCGUCGAACUUCUCGGGUGA